GAUCAUCAGACACAUUUCAACUCUCGAAGAAAGCAGAAGCAGUAGUCGAAAAAGAAACCUGAAACAAAAAUAUUCGGUUCAACACACAUUCGAAAUGAACUUUAACAAACUGUUUGUUCUCCUCGCUGUCAUCUUUGCCAUUUUCGCUGGACAAACCGAGGGGGGUUGGCUGAAAAAGAUUGGCAAGAAAAUUGAGCGCGUCGGCCAACAUACACGAGAUGCCACAAUCCAGACCAUCGGAGUGGCCCAACAGGCGGCCAAUGUUGCUGCAACGUUGAAGGGAUAAAUUAUUUAUUGUUAGUUCUAAAUUUGACUGUAAUUAUUUAAUAAUAAGAUGAAAACUAUUUAUGUAAAUAUGUAAUUGACAAUAAUAAAAUUACUUAUAAUGUUCUUUAAAUUAAACAGUACAAACAGUUA